AUGGAAGUGUCUUUCAUUGUUAAAACUAUGCUCUGUGCAUAUUUCUAUCUUGCUUUUCUAUCCAGAUGCUCUAGGCUGUGUGUGCUUUCCUCCCAUCCCCCUUGUGUAUUCACAACAGUCCUGUAAGGUAGGCUACGUUUUAAGUUACUGUGUGUACAUAAACUGCCGUUCUUGUCAGUCGAUUUGAGAUGGGAAUCCAGGGAGGGACCCAAUCCGCAUAGAGCGUACUAGCCCAGGGACUCCUGCCGGCAGGAAGCCCAUUCCAUAUGACGUAGGCAUUGGACUUUUAGGGAGGAAUUAUUAUUUACUGGAUCAUUCCCUGCCUCUCCGCCAAACCUACCUACCUCGCAGGGUGGUUGUUGUUGGGAAUUAAAUGAGAACUAUGCGUGCCACCUUGAGUUCCUCGGGCAAAAACAUGGGAUAUAAAUGCAUUUUUUUUAAAAAAAAGUGUCGACUGGUGGUAACACAGGAUUUACGUGCUUGGAGAGAACAGUCUUAUACGACGAGAAAGCACCUCUCAAAAGGCAGCCUUUGCUGCUGCGCAUCCGCAUCGCGCGCGAGCUCUGGUCACCCUGGAAACCAUUCCCCGCCUCCUUCGCAACUAAUGGUCGGCGGGAAGCCGCCAAUCCAGCCGCCGCCCGCUCUCCAUUGGCUCCUUUCCUUUCCUUGCCCCCGCCCCCGUUUCCUUCGCUCCGCUCUCCUGGUAACCAUUGGAAACCGGCUUGGUUACGCGUCCCUUGCGCGCCCCGCGUCGUUAUCGGCCUGCCUCGGGGACCCGAACCAAUAAGCGAUCUCCCGAGGCGUCACGUGAAAGAGGGGAAGGCGGGGCGAAAGCAGCGGGGGGGGGGUCACGUGGCUCCGUUGGAAGGGCCGCUCUUGAGAACCGGCGGCCGCUUUGGGGGCUCUCGGAGUGACGGGUGAGGCGGAGAAAGGGCGGUUAGCGGGGAGGGAGGGAGGAGCCAGUGAGUCCCGCGCGGCGCCUUCGAAGAGGACGCCCCCCCCUCCGCGAGGGUCUGCAUGUGAUGGGGAAGCCGGGGGUGGCGGACCUGUCUCGGUGUGUUGACGUGCUCGUACCCUGAGGCGCUGGUAAAAGGGGCUCCUAAGGCUCGGGCCCAGUUGCCUUCUGGGCGUCUGGUUAGGGAAACGAGGCUCAAUCCAGUGUGGGGUGCCGGCUUGGUUAAAAUCCAAGCUCUGGGAAUAUUUUGUAUCCAUUAUCUAGGAAAACUUGCACCUCCUCACUGCCCUACAAAAUUGUGUAUCUGGCCAGAAGAGAUGAUGCUCCACUACACUGAAAACACCCCCCCCCCCCCCCCCGCUUUUUAAAACUGCAACUUUUUCAGUGGGUUAGCCACUUGAAAGCCAGCCUUAUAAAAGCUGUUGAUUUCUGAGUUGGUUUUGGAAUAAUAAAGUUUGGUGAUUCAUUAUUCAUUGUAUCCCCUCCUCCUUUUUUUAUUUUAGGUGUAAGACAGCAUCCGAGUUGCUCAUGUCUUGGAACUCCAGGAUCCGUCUACAUGCUGCGUCCUUAAUUCAUUUGGUGUGCUGAAUGGCUGUUAGAUAGGGAUGUAUAGUCUGAUGGCCAAUUGUUGCAACUGGCUAAAGCGGUGGCGAGAACCUGUCAGGUAAAUUACUAAACGUUAGAACCAUCUCCUUUUCAAUUCCUUGAAGUAGUCUGAAGAUUGUACUAUGUCUGGCAAGUGUCACAUAGAGGAGGAGUAUGUCUAAUGCUGUUCUACUUGUGCAGCAGACUUCUGCUUGUGCAAAGGAGCUCUGAUUUUCCGACUGGCCACUGCACAACCUCAAAAUUUGUUCCUGGGAUCCCUCUAGAACAGAUUUUAGGGUGAAUGAGAACACAUUGUGCAGGUGGAGUGCUACUCAUGCAGCACUGGAUACAACCCAAAGCCUUUAAAACCAUUUUUGAAAUGGGAUAUUUUUAAAACUGUAAACUGAAGAGGGUAAAAGAAAUUGGUAACUUUAAAUGUGCACUUUGAAAGGGCAUGUGGAUGUGAAAAUACAAUAGACCUUUAUUAGUGGCAUUCAUGUGGCUGUUCUUAUUCCCCAGUCUUAUUUUAAAACUUAUUGGAACUGUUUGCAGGUAAAGGUCCCUGUGUCUCUCCAUUUUCACUAACCCAGAGUUUUAUUUGAACCAGUAUUCAGUCUCUGUAGCAUUUUCUGCUGGAGAUUAGUUCAAGAACAAAGACCUCUGGAUAUGAGCAUGAUGUCUUUGUUAACUGGGGGAACAUAAUCUGUAUGUGGGGAAAUGUGGUGGUUAAAGGCAUGGCAACAUGGCACAAGGAAAACCGCGACAACAUUUCUGUUCCGAGCUACAGUUGACAUCAUCUAUCCACUUUCAUCAAGAGGCAAAAACAGAAUCCCACCCUCUUUUUUGCUGAGAAGCGUUGAUGUGCUUUUUUUUUUUUUUUUAAGCAGAAAAUAGAUUUCUUCUACCCAACUCAAUAUCCAGAGCUUGCUAGUUCUCCCUUGGUACUUGUUUCCAGUGCCACAGUAUGGUCCAAUAAAAACACAGGUAUCUAAACAUAGCACGAGAGGAAAGCAACACAGUGCUCAGAGAAAUUUCAAAGUUUGUACAUAUGUGGGGGAAAAACUUGACCAAAAACAUAUUUAAGUACACAGGGAGACCUCUACUUCUUCAUAUUUAUGUACUGCAUCUCAGGAUCCCUCUGUGUUCCAAGUCCCUUCUCAAAACUUGCAUUUUCCAGAAAGCCUUUGGAGUAUCUCCCCUAGUCACACUACCCUAUGGUAUGAGUAGUUGAAAUUUUUUGCAUAUUCUUCCCCUGUUUUCCCAAUGCCUCCAUUUCCAACUCUCCAUUGCUUCCAUGUAAGAUUACAGUUAUGAAUGGUGCUGCAUAUAAAUAAUAGGUACUUGAUGGUGUUGAUGAUUCUUGAAGAUAGAUUCAAUCCCCCCCCCCUAAAAUUCUAUAUGGCAUUCAGUCAGGACAAAGUCUGAAAAUAUUUUUUCUUUGUAUAUAAUUCAAAGGAGUGUGACAUUAAUCAUGGUGGGUCUUGAUAAUGCUGGAAAAACAGCAACAGUGAAAGGAAUCCAAGGAGGUAAGUAAUAUCUAAACUAUUUUUGUAUUUAUAAAAGUAUUAAAAUGAGCUUUUUAAAAUUAUUUUUGCACAGGAGGAAUUUUUUUAUUUAUUGCCCUUGGCUAAAACAAGGCAAAGGCUGCAGACCUGACCUCUGUUAUCUGGGAAUAAACCCCAUUGAAUUCAGUAGUAUUUACUCCUGUGUAGACAUGGUUAGGAUUUUGCUGCAAGAUGCCAUAUAAUGCUAGUAAAUACAAAACCCCCAACUGAAUAAAAAAUGAAUUUGUGUUAAUAACUAUACUGUUUAAUUACGCUCAGGAUAUUUAACACUUUCAGGCAUACAUUACAGAUACUGCACUUUGUUACUUCAUUAAGGAGGGACCAAAUACAAAAGAGUGACCAAAACCACAGAUACAGUGGUACCUCUAGUUGUGAACACCUCUGGAUACGUAUCCUUCGGGUUACGCAUGCGGCAAACCCGGAAGUAACAGGAAAGGUUUCCGCUGUGCAUGCAUGCGCAGAAGUGGGUUAACGCCGCAUGCGCAGAAGUGGCGCCUCUGGAUGCGAAUGUUUUGGGGUGCACACGGACUCCCGGAACGAAUUAAAUUCGUAUCCAGAGGUACCACUGUAGGUCUAGGAAGAGCUAUGUAAUAUAGCAGGAUAAUUGCUUUCUGUUUGAUGCUACAAGUUGCACUUUUUAAGCUGAAUGUGGAUUCUUUUCUGGUUGAAAGCAAAACAUCUCUUGUAUGGCUGUGCCCCUCCUUUGAAUUCUGCUUGGGCUUAUAUUUGGAGAUGCCAUAGGCACUUGGGCUGCAACCUCAUGCACUUACCAAGGAACAAGCCUCAUUGAAAACAAUUGUGCUUGCUUCUGAGUAUGCCUGCGUAGAUGGUGCAGUGAAUCACUGUCAGAACAUCUCACUUGUUUUGUGAGCAUUGCUUUCAUUUGUUUUGUACAUUGUUAGCCACAUGCACAUUUUUAGUGCUUCCAGAGCCUCUGGAUAUCACUGAAACUUUGGGAGCAAUGUAGAUGCAAAAUGAGGCUGUUACGCUCAGAUAUAUGCACUUAAAUAUAUAUACUGUAUUUUUUGCUCUAUAAGACUCACUUUUUCCCUCCUAAAAAGUAAGGGGAAAUGUGUGUGCGUCUUAUGGAGCGAUUGCAGGCUGCGCAGCUAUCCCAGAAGCCAGAACAGCAAGAGGGAUUGCUGCUUUCACUGCGUAGCGAUCCCUCUUGCUGUUCUGGCUUCUGAGAUUCAUAAUUUUUUCCCCCCUUGUUUUCCUCCUCCAAAAACUAGGUGUGUCUUGUGGUCUGGUGCGUCUUAUAGAGCGAAAAAUACGGUAUAUUACUAUUUCAUGUUUCCAAAGUAAAGGGUUUACAGACAGUUGUUGGAGAAGACUGGUGCCUCUAUCAUGGUAGAGAAAAAUAAUAUUUGUUAGGAGUCACCUUGUGUCAUAAAAUGGAAGGGAAACAUCUUUGGUAAGCAUUUGAGGAACUGCUGACAUAAAUUAUUUUUUAAUUAUAGCACAUAUGUAAAAUAUCCACAUUAAUGAGGCAUUUCACAUUUUAGUUUAGGAUAGAAAAUCAAUCGUUCCCUUUUGCCUCCCCCCCCCCUUUGCAUGUGCAGUAACUCUUAUUUGCUGAAAUGCACAGUAAUGAGCAUACAUCAGUAAAUUUUACCUAAAAAUCAAUGUUGUAGGUAUUACCUUUUUAUGAUAUUGACUUGUGAUAUAAUUUGGAAAGAAGGAAAUUGUAUGUGCAUAACAAAGUGUUAUUCUAAUGAUAUUUUUAUAUCCCUAUUUAUAAUUGGGAAGGUACCAACAAUUUGCCAGAUCACCUUUAUCCCUUCAACCAUAAAAAUCUCUUUUAGCAUCACUUUCUCGCCUCUGCCAGCUCCAAUAAAACAGCAUGCAAGCUUAGCAUCAAAUAAAAUUUCUGUUUCAGCUGGGGAGAAGUUUCAGAAGUGUCUGUUCUGAGUGCUUGACAGUUUACUGGCAUACAUGAACACUUUGUUUUGGAUGAAUCCAGUCCAGAAUAACAGUGGAUUUUUCAUAUGUGAAAUAGUGAGUAUCUUUUCUAGAUGAAAAGAUCAUAUGACUUCAAUAUGACCCAGAUCCAAAGGGCCCAUGGGCAAGGGCUUUUCAUGUUCAGCAUCUCAGCGGAAGCUCCUGACAACUGAAAAGUCGUUGUGAACAUCAGGGUAUUCCUCAUUAUGGUUCUCAACUGCAACUGGUGAAGAGAGAAAGUCACUUCACUUCUCCCCUGCCCUGAAAGCUCUGGGCAUGGGCCUGGGCAUCUUUUGGCACUGUGAUGCCUGUAGCUCCAAACAAAUUCUCAUUCUAGCUUUUCUUGGGUUAUGAAGCCCUGGCAGAAAUUUGGAUUGAAAUGUGGGAAUAUGAAAUCAAGUAAAACAAGAUCAUUUUAAUAUGAGGAGUUUGUCACCUCCCCCUGUCCUUAUUGGGUUGAUUCUUCAAGGGUUCUACUCAGGGUAUGGUACCUAUCUCUCUCAGUUCUUCAUAAACGUGGCAUUGUUUUGCAUAUGAAGUAGACAUUAUUAACACGAAUUUCUAGUCCCACAGUGAAAUAUUGCCUUCAGUUAGACCAUAAUUCACAGCAAGACAGGUGAUAAGAAAUUUAAUUUGCAUUCAUUGUGAUCACAGCAGCUUAUGCAUUAUUGUCUGUUCACAUGGCAUCUUGUGAUCCAUGUUGGUAAUAUUUGUAGCCAUUAUAUACAUAGAAAAACUAGAAACUGGUCUGUAAAAUUCAUGCUAUUCUGAUCCUGAAAGCACAUCAAUCUCUCUUACCAGAUUGAUGCAUUGCCCCCCACUUCCCUUACCUCAUCAAAAAUAGGCUGGAGAGGAAUAACAUUUUGGAAAUAGGUUUCCCUUUCUCCAAACUUGAUCUUGAGUUGGAAAACAUUACCCUCUUCUUACCUUUCCUUUAUUUGAUACUUUGAAGAUUAUGGUUCCCGAUAUUCAUUUUAAGUGUCUCUCUGUGUGUGCUCACACAUGCUUGUGUGUCUGUUAAUGUAAAAAAAUAAUAAUACUUUACAAUUUGAAAAACCAGUAUUCUGUCUUAAAGUGCCCACAGGCCCCCCCCCCCAAAAAAGAUAAACUGUAUCACAAGUGUCUCAUAACUUGUUCUUUAAUUUCAUCAGAGUCCCCAGAGGAUGUGGCCCCAACUGUUGGCUUUUCUAAAAUUGAUCUUAAGCAAGGCCGGUUUGAAGUCACAAUCUUUGACUUGGGAGGUGGCAAGAGAAUCCGGGCUAUUUGGAAGAAUUACUAUGCUGAAUCAUAUGGGGUAAUAUUUGUUGUGGAUUCCAGUGAUGUUGAGAGAAUGGAAGAGACAAAAGAAACUAUGUCGGAAGUUCUAAAGCAUCCCAAGAUAGCAGGGAAACCUGUAUUGGUGUAAGUAACAAAAAUCAAGAAUUAUUUUAAGUACUGAGCUAUAACUUAAAUAUGUUUCCUAAAACAUUGAGUUUGUGAUACUACUUUUUCCUUAAGUUGCCUUUAAAGCGGAAUAUUUUCUUUCCAACCAAACAAGCAGAGAAAUUAAAUUGUAUUGUUCUGCCGUUGCAUGUCAUUAGAAAUGAUGGCUUCAAUAUGGCAGAACUAUUGUCUGUGCAAACACUCUUGAAAUGAGUUAUAUAAUUUCUGCAAACAUUCCAUUAUUGCCUGUAGUGAUAACUCUAUAAUUGUUUUGACGAAUAACGAUGUCAACACAAGUAAUAUGACCCUUGUGUUGUCUAACAUAAGCAUGUUAUUAGCUAACCGUUGGUAUUAAUGAGGUCUCCGUGUUUAACACCAGGGGGUGCAAGUGAUGCAUUAUCAGAAGAACCUGGUGUCUAGAAACUGAACUUGUCUCAUGCGUAACUCUGUAUCUCGGGAUGUGUCUUACUCCAACAUGUUCAGUGUAAUGAUGUAGUAGAAAGUGGAUGCACUGCAAUUUAGACACCUGCAGAGUAAAAUACCCUUCUGCCCUUCUGAACAAUAUGGUCAUGAUCCAGCCACAGUGAAGCAGGUUUAAGUCCAUUUUAAUGUAAUGCUAACUUACAUGUUCUUAAGUCUUCCAUUGAAAGCAGUGGGGCUUGAUAGUCAGUUUAAAUUAGAACUAUGAAUUUAGAAUUAGAAUGAAAUGAGAAAAGUGACACUCAAUAGCAGCUGGUAACAUUUUGACCUGAUAGGGCUGCAACUUUUAAUAUAUUGUGUUUUCAGCACAACAAGACUUAAUACAUCACUUACUAGAGGGUUUAUUAACUGACAGUAAAGUUGUGCUUAAAAUAUAAUUGAACAAAUGCCAGACAUUUACAGAUGAAUUUCAUAUUGUUUAAUUAUCAAAAAAUCAAUGUUUCAUGUAAUUACUAAAACUGUUAACUUGUUUAUUUUUUUAUAUCAAUUACCCAUGGGUAGUAUUAAUUUUUUGGUAACAAAAUAAAUAUGAAAAUUGUAUUUGUGUGAAAUUUGUGCUAUUACAAUGACUUUCUAUACUGCAUCACCUGUGACCAAUCUCACACCCUCCUUCAUUUUGCACUUGUUGUUUGGACACCAGUUGCACCACCCUAGUUACUCUUCCGGUUGGCAACUUAAUUCUGAUGACUGUACAAAAUAACUGACAGAGGAAACUGAGCAAACCAUCCUGCCAAUUGCAGAGAACACUCUGAAUAAUCUUUUAUCUUUGAUGCUGGAUUUUUGGAACUCAAAUGUGAUUCAACUGACGAGGAUUUCAGGAAAUUCAGUUUAGAAAAAUUUUGGUUGAAAUAUCUCCCUGUAUAUCCCAAAGCAGGAGAAAGGCUCUCCACAUCAUUAUACAAUUUUUGCCUUAGUGAAUCUGAUUUUGCUGUGCAACAGACUGGAUAUUUAAGGUGUUCUAAGAUCUGGCUAUUUGAAAUUUUAAAUUUCAUGUGCAUUUUUUGAAUGAAUAUAUAUAUACAUUUUAAAAGUAUUCCUGAUUUUUUUUUAAUUAAGCCCCAAAAUAGUGUUUAUGAUUAAAAGUCAGCAAUGUUUCAAUACUUUCUAAAAAUUAAAAUAGGGGCACCAGAUGUGGAUGGGGGCAUACCAUUUUUAUAUAAUCUGAGAGGGGUCAUGGGUUAAAGGUUCAGAAAUGCUUCUUUAGAACUCUUUCCACAUUUCUGUCUAGGAGCUUCUUGUUUAUAGAUAAAUCCCUACAGGUGAAGAUCUUGUCAUCAGUUACUUCAAUCAUUUUAUAAUAAAAAUUGUUCAGAGUUUUGUUUUGGAAUGAGUUAGCUGUAGCUGCCAGCUGCUAUUUUUAUUUCUUAACUUAAUUAUUGAGCUACAUGUUUGGGGGAGGGAAUUGAUCAUACUCCUAGUCCUACCAUCUUCACUUUAGACAACUGAAAUACUGGCAACAUUUUGCUCUAAAACAAUUAGGGUGAAAUGAAUGAAGUUUUGCUUCUAGGCAAUUUCUUGUUAUGAUCCCUUUAAGCUAGUAUAAGGUUGUAACUUUAGGAUGGAUGGUUUUGCAGAAGAAUAUCUAACCUUUUUUUAUUAUUAUUUCUGGGCCACUAUCUAGAAUUAGAUUUGUUUGUCUCUGUUGAAGUUUCAGUCAAUACUUGCUGAAAGUCCAUCCGUCUUCACUGGCCACAAAGAAAGAGUGAAUGUGUAGUUUCUGUGUGUGUGUGUGUGUGUGUGUGUGUGUGUGAGUGAGAGAGCGAGAGAGAGAGAUGUAUGCCUAUGUACUUGUAUUUCCCUGUGACACAUAAUAAUGUACUUACCCGUUAUCUCAAACAACUUUCUGUACCUAUUUGGUAUAAAGGACUUGGUGGUGACAUGAUCCGUCUUAAUAGUGACCUAUGUUAAAUUGUAGAAACUGAGAACUAGAUUGGCUCACCCACUAUAAUCUAAAAACACUAAAAUGGUUGUGAGGUAUCAGGCCCAUGGAUGCCCUCCUCUUUCAUACCCGGGGCAAAAGCAUGAGUAGUUAUGUACAAAAGUACAUCUUAGUUGUCCAUAAUAUUUGCACUCGAAGUCUUGAUAGAUGAAUAAGUUCAACAUGUUGAUAGCUUUCUUCAAUAUAAACACGCUCUAAAUUUCCAAGUUUGUACAAAUACUGUAUUUUUUUCCAUCUUACCUAGUGCAGCCAUCUUUAACAUUUUCAUACCAAAAGCUCCCUCCUUUAAACCAAUAGGUGCAAAUUGGCACUCAGUUUUAAUUAUAUGUGCACACACCUGCCCAUCUCCCUCCCUCCCACCAUCUCUUGCCAAAGGAAUUCUGGCAGAUACUUAAUGGGCUGAAUUUUUCUCUUUCACGCCCAACUUCUACCCUCCUUUGCAUCUGGUGACCUAUUAGGCUCUGCUUUCUUGUAGUCUAAUGGCAGAUUACUAUACCCCAAUCUUAGGUAAAAUCAGUGCUAUUUUUCACUUUUCUAUGCCCCUUAUUUAUCUGAUAAGAAAAACAAAUGUUAAAGAAGCCCUGAAAGUGGUUUUACUAUAUUAGUGCAUCUCAUAUGAAGUCAGAAAGAGACUGGUUGUGGGUCCUGAUUUAACUAGUUGGACCAAUUAUUCUAGUGUACGUGUUUGUGCCUUUUAAUAUAUUUUGAACAGAUCAUAUCUGUAGUAUUACCUUGCAUGCUGUUUAGUGGCACCUAAUUGUAAGCCACUGUUGGUUGGAAAGGCAUGCUAUACAGUGGUGCCCCGCAAGACGAAUGCCUCGCAAGACGGAAAACCCGCUAGACGAAAGGGUUUUCCGUUUUGGAGGUGCUUCGCAAAACGAAUUUCCUAUGGGCUUGCUUCGCAAGACGAAAAUGUCUUGCGAGUUCCUGCGGGGUUUUUUCCCUCCCCCCCCCUUUUUCCCAAGCCGCUAAGCCGCUUAUCAGCUGAUCCGCUAAGCCGCUUAACAGCUGAUCUGUUAAGCCACUAAGCCGCUUAUCAGCUGAUCCGCUAAGCCGCUUAUCAGCUGAUCCGCUAAGCCCGCUAAUAGCGCUAAGCCGCUAAACCGCUAAUGGGCUUGCUUCGCAAGACGAAAAAACCGCAAGACGAAGAGACUCGCGGAACGGAUUCUUUUCGUCUUGUGAGGCACCACUGUACAUGCCUCCUAUUGAUAUCAUAACAGAUACCCCUUAACUGCACCUCUGGCUGGGCUGGGGGAAUUAGGAUCAUAUUGUUGCACUAAAGCAUGCAUGGUUGUUGCACUAAAGCAUGCACGGUAUCUGAAUGGACCUGCUGCCUAUACAAAUCAAAGACAUUCUCAGAGACUAAGUGCUCUUCAGCCAAAAGCCCCUUUUUAAAGUGAUCAAUAUUUGUGAGCACAAUCCUAGUAAAACAAGAAAAAUACCAUUCUGGUAUAGAACAUAGGAAUUUAAUAUAGAAGGCUUAGUUACAAAUACCUAUCUGGCUAUAAAGCUCUAUAGAUUACCUCUGGCAUUUAUAUAUCAGCCUAAACUAUUUCAGAGGGAUGUGAGGAUUUCAGUGCUGAAAGUUGUAGAUAAAAGUGAAUACAUUCUGAAUGUGUGUUCUUGUACUGAAUCAGUCAAAUAUGUUUAGAAUUGCAAUACCUUUUUAAGGGGAUUAGAAGACUUUUAAAAAUGUUUAUUGAUUAAAAUCCUAUACACAGAAAUGAGAGUAAGUCUCAUUGAAUUCAGUGGGACUUGCUUCUCAGUAAUUUCUCCAAGAUUGUACUAGGAGUUCUCUUCUAAAGCAUAUGGAGCUUUCCAUCAGCCAGACCGUAUUUUGGAGUCAGCGUUCGAAAUGAGCUGAGCGCCAGUCACCUUUUUUGACUGGCAAGUGGCCUUUUGUGACUGGAUGAUGUCUGGGUGCCACCCUUGGCAACUAACAUCUCCCCCUGCCUGGCUGCAGUCAGCUGGUCUGCAGGCACAGCAGCAGCAAAAAAGGGUGCAUUUGUGGGGUGAAUCAGCUUCUCCAGGGAGGGAGUUCCAGUGUCUGGGAGCAGCCACCAAGAAGGCCCUUUCCCCUGUUCAGGCACGCCUGUGAAGGUGGUAGGACAGAGAGAAGGGCUUCAUUGAAAAUCUCAAAACCAGGUCAUAUUUGUAUGAGGGAAUACAAUCUUUCAGUUAGCUUGGACGUUAAGGGUUUUAUAGGUCAUAACCAGCACUUCUGGUAAGCUAGAGCCAGUGACACAGAAGCAGGCAGGAGAUUUGAUGUACUAUUCUGAGAUGUAAGACUCUUUAUAAAUACAUUUUGUGGCCUGCAAAAAAACCCACUGUUUACUUCUAGAUAGAAAUAUUUUUGUCCCUCUUGUCCAUAAAAAUAAACUUAGCUCAAUGCUUUUCCAUAAUCAUAAACAAUGUUCUCCUUCAAACGAUGUUUGAAGCUUUGUUUUAGAUGGCAUCCUUGUCACAGUCAGGAAGAGAUAAGUGAGUAGCACAUCCUUUCAGAAGGGAACUUGUUUACCAAAUCAUGCAAAAGAAUUAUUCUGAUGUGUGUGGUGCUGUAACAUAGCUCUUAUUCUUAAAAUUAUUUAAUUACUCCUGAGUCUGAGGUUUCAAGUGUCUUUUUUGUAGCAAUAAUGACUAAUAAUAAAAGCAGAGAUUUUUAGGAAGUAAAUUCAGCAGUACAUCCUGUACUUUUUAAGCAAAUGUUCUGAAUCGCAGCAACAUACAACUUUCAAUAUUGUAAUAUGCCAAGGCAAAAAUCGUUGUCUGUUCUUUAUGAAAAUGUUUAAUUGUAUCCCUAGGUUGAUGUAUGUUCAGUUGCAGGGGAGAGGAGGGGAAGGGAAGGUAUUGCUAAAGCCAGAUACUUCAUGUACAGGGCCGGUUAAACAGAACUUUGCCACAUAGAUUAGGAGAUUAGGAGCAGUGGUCAAGUAAUAAGUAAGCAUGGUUUCUGUACCACUUACGUAGUGGUUAUUUAAAUACUACUGAACCUUCCAAAAAGAGACUCCCAUUCCAUUGAUGUAAUCUAUUUCAGGCACAUUUUCUUAGACUCUUUAUGCCAGUGAGUGUAAAUAUCAGUUGCAGUCAGUUAUAGUGGAUCAAGAAUGGUCUCUUACUUGUCUUUGCUUUUGUAUAUGCCUGUUCCUACAGUGUUGUGGACUAUUCCAUGCCGUGACUAUUUUAUUUGUCUCCAGUGUCAGUAGGAGGAGUAGGAGUACAGAGUCGGUAGGAGGCAGAUCGAAGAGAAGGAGUAUGACUAGGAAAGAAUGACUGUCAAUAAUGUAACAGAUGUGUUUUCUGAUAUCUUUUUGUUUCGGUUCAUGUUGGAUUACAGUGGUACCUCUGGAUGCGAACGGGAUCCGUUCCGGAGCCCCGUUCGCAUCCUGAAGCGAACGCAACCCAUGUGUGCGGGUUGCAAUUCGCUGCUUCCAUGCAUGCGUGUGAUGUCAUUUUGAGUGCAUGCGCAAGCGGUGAAACCCAGAAGUAAUGCGCUCUGUUACUUCCGGGUCGCCGCGGAGCGCAACCCGAAAAGGCUUAACCUGAAGCGACUUCAACCCGAGGUAUGACUGUAUCUUGGUGACCUAUAAGCAUGUUUAGCUGAUAACCAUUCCUGGGAACUCCAUGGCAGUGUUUGUGUCUAUGGCUUUCCAUGAAUGGGGAAGUGUGCUGAUGCACCAGGAGGAAACAGUGGCUGCUUCUUUCCUCUCCCAUGGUUUCACUCACUGUUGUGUCCAAAUUUGAGCUUGUGGUUUGCCUGACUCCAAAUGAUCCAUUAGCAGCAACUUAGAUUUAUUAUUGGCUUACUGCUCGAAGUGUGUUUGGGAGAGCCCAGGAUCCUAGGUAUGCAGAACACUAAACCAAGCCAUAGCUUAGCUCUCAGUAGCGUAGAGGAGUUUGGGAGGAACUUAAGUGGCUGCAGUUUCAUCACUGUGCAGCAGCACACUUGCUCAUUCACAGUAAGCCACAGUUUGGCUUAGUGUUAUAUGUGAAUGAGACCAGUGUAGGAAGAAAAUAUAGCCAUUACACUAAGGAGCUAUAAUGGCUGGUUGGUUGAGGGGGUGGAGAAACCGGGUGUUGUAAAAAUAAUUGAGGGAAACUCUGUCCUAGAGUCUUAUAAGGAUAACCAGUUCAUCCCAUAAACCAUACUUUAUCAUUUUUUUUACCUCCUUAAACUGAAAAGCCUUUGCUUUUAAGUACAAAAUUUUGUAAAUGGCAAGUGUAAAAUCCUUGGUGUUGUAUUGUUAUGUUUUUGCCACAGCUAUUCCUUCAGGUUACUUUAAAUUACAAGGUUGCAUGAAUGUAAAUACGCUGCUGUUGGAAGAAAAUGUUAUAUGAGAUUUUAACUGGACAUGCUUGGUCUGAAAAACCUGACUAGCUUGGUAGUGACUAUUGUGUGCUAGUCUUGCAAAAUGGGAAGGACUGAUUUUUUUAAAAAAUGCUGCCAGGGUGGGGGAGAAUUUUAAGUGUCAGGGCUGAACAACAGCAUCAGCUGUUCAUGCUUUCCUUUAUGAAUUGAUACAAGAGUUCUAAAUUUUACGUGUCUGGUUCAAAUUAUUGUAGAGUCAAUUCCCAUUUUGUUCUCUCCAAAAUGGGGAACAGUGGCUUAAUCUCUGUGAACAGACCAGGGUAUUAAGAUGGAUCUGAUCUUAUCUUGGCUUGUUAACAGAUGAGUAAGUCAGCCAUGGAAAUAAGCCAACAAAAGGAAGGUGCUAGCCUGCUACAAAUUUAGCACUCUUCAUUUCCAUGUUGUCCAUAGAAGAAAAAUCCCAUACAGUACUUGGCAGUUCACAUGGGAACUUAGACUUCUAACCUCUUGGCAGACUUGUUUUUUGUUCUUUGUUUUUUUUUUUAAAAAGCCUUCUAUUAAGCAGACUAGAUUCCACUAGCCUAUUGCAUUUUCCUACUAGUCACAAAGGGUACAUUCUUCUUUUUCUGAUAGCACAGAGUUCCCUGGUUGGGACAUAGGAAAGAACUCUGGGCUGGUUGGGACAUAGGAAAGAACUCUGGGCUUUUCCAUGCACAAAGUGAUUUAAUAUAAUGCUACCCUCUAGUUUUGUACCAGCAAGGAAUGAUUGCCCAAAGCUAAAUGGAAGAGAGGGUGUUCUUUGCUUAGCCCUGACACUUAUUCCCAGAUACAUAAGCCAUGGUUUUUGAAAGGUUGUCUGAACCUGGUCUGCAGAUGGGGCCAGAUCUCAUUUGCUCCUUCCAUGUUAAUUGUGGGGGACACCUAGCCAGCACAUUUUGUACUAGAAUUCAAAAUGUAAUGCUUGAAUCUGCUCUGAAUGUAGUCUGUAUUCUUAAGUACUUAUUUUAAAAGCUUCAUUUUAAUAUGACAUGUAUGAAGUACUUAUCAAUUACAGUAUAUUGCAUAUAAUAAAACCUUUAUAAAAUCGGUCUGGAGCAGAAUAGUAAAUAUGUAUAAUUUUCUUGACCUGACAAUGUCCAGUGACUUUUCUUGCAUACUUAGGCCAACAUUUAUUUUCCUGUUUUAAGGCCUGUUUAACUUUUAACUUUCAGCUACACAUUUCAAAUACGUUACUGCCUUUCUUUUCAUAUAAUUACAACAAAAUGUGUUUUCUUUAUAUAGUUUUCUAAUAUGUAAAUUGGCAACAUGGUUUAAUUUAAUCUUCCCCACACAUACUUUUCAUUCUUGUCUCACACUAGUGAUAGAUUUGCACUUUAUGUAACAAACUGUAUAUAUGGUAAUAGUCUUUUUACUUUACUAUUCUGAGUAAAAAUAAAUUAGCUUUUUAAAUAAAUUAAAUUAGCAUUUGUAAAAUGUGGUAAUUUGACAACUAUGGAGAGCUAAAGCUGCUGGCAGCAAAAAAAGUUCUUCUGCGGACAAUAGCUCUUUCGUUUCUGAAUAAUUAUGACUCCAGUGUUAAACCACAUUCAGAGUAGACUCAAUUGUAAUCAGUUGACUUAAGCUCCUUAAUAAUAAGUCUUUAGUUUUGUGUUUUUAGUAGUCAGUGUCAUGUUACUGUGUUCUGGCAUAAUUGUGGGGGGAAAUAUAUUUAUGAGAUGACCACAAGAAUCUCAUGCCCACAAACGGACCGAUCCCUUUUAUGGUCUAAUUGUUGCAAUGCUUACAUAAACAGAUGUUAUACUCAGGGUCAAAGAACCACAUACCUAUUUCUAUGUGUCCAAUACAACUUUCAGCUUGUGUUGUAUGCUCUAUGGCAAAACAUUUGUGAACAGAGAGAACUUUUGAAAAUAACUUUUUUAAAAAUAAAAUGGCUUAGUGGAUGGUAUUGUGAUUCAACCAGAAAAAAAUCUAUUGAGGGUGAUGAAGCCUUUGGACAUGCCUAAAAUAGAUCUUUUGGUUCUAGCCUGUGGCAUGAUAGCAGCUUAUACAUGCCCUCUACACCAGGAAACUGGAACUGGCCACAAGGAAGGGACAAACAAAUUUUUCCCUGUAUAAUGUAUGAAAUAGCCUUUCCCCCCAUUUUUAUUUUUUACCUUUUUGACCCUAGUCUUCGGAUGAAAUUAAUAAACCUGUAUUGCUAACACUUGUUUAACAGAUACAGAAAAGCUGUGCUGCGAGAAUACUUCCCUUUUUGGAAUAACAAAUGUUCAAAGUUGGUUGAAGCAUGCUAUGCAUUUGCACCAAUUUUUGUUUUUUUUAAUCAUAUAUAUUGAAGAAACUUAUUAUGUUUUGAAAGUAUAAACAAAGACCUUGGUUACAGAUGCACAUCUCCCAAAAUAUCAUAGAACUGUUACGUUUAUACAAAUGACAUGGAAGAAAACGUGUAACAUACAAAAAUAGUUAUAUCCUUUACUGCAUUCUUAAAGAUUUUACACAUAUAAUGUUUUUGUAACAACCUUUCCCCCUUUUAACCUGUUUCAGUGCAGCUCUUUUAGCUGAACAAUCUAUUUCCCUGUUCUUCAACUAGUAUUUUGUGAAAUACCACAGUCACAAAUUAUUUCAAACUCUUUGUUCUUAGAAAAGCCAGACAACAGAGGAAUGUGAACUCGCUGCAGAUUUGCUGAGCACGUUCUGGAUGACAUUAUCCUAGCAUUUAUUACACUGGGCUUGCAGUUUUCCUUCAUCUAAACUGCUGAAUAAAAUUGCUAGGAGCUUACAGUCACUUCCCAAGGAAGUGAAUCGAAUGUGAAGGCGAGUGCUGUGUGGCACGUGGUUGCACCUGUUGUCACAAGCACCUGUUUGACUAGUUCCUGUGACCUGUGACUGGUAACAGAACUCCAUCCUGCUACACCCAGCACUACCUUGUUCCCUUUUUUGAGAAACGCUUCACUAUUAUAUCAAAGUCCACCACUAGAUCUUAAAAAGCAAUGGCAGGGGAUGAGGGUCAGAAAGUCUGCCUGUUCCCUUGUAAGUCACCCCUUUUGUUCCUUAGACCCCCUGCCAAAUUUGCAGCAUUCAGGGCAUGUGAAAAAGAGAAUGUUGAAUCAAACUGUGGCUUUGCCUGAUAGUGCAAACCCACGCCCCCAGCAGGGUCACCUAUGUUCAUUACAUACUGGAUUAGGGCUAUUGCAAAGAACAUUUAACUGCCUGUAUCCCCCCCCCCCCAAAAAAAAAACCACACACAAAAAACCCUAUUAACAGCAGGGGCAGCACCAGCAGCAUAUUGCUCUGCACGGAUGCUUCUUUCGAUACCUUGCCGCCAGCCUGAAUUUCUCUGUUGUCGUCUGAACAUAGUCCUGAGUUUUGACAACUUCCAUUUCGAUGCUGUCGAUCAUUUCACCUUGUUCUUCCACCAAAAGUGAGAUUUGGACAAAGAGGCCCUUCAAGUCUCUCACCUGGUUCUCCAGAUUGACCAGUUCUUUGUGUCUCUGUUCAAUCUCAGAUAGCUGAGCUUUUGUGAUAUUGACCUCGGUGAGCAAGUUUUCGUUGAAGAUUUCCCAUUUUCCUUGCUGAACCAUGUCGUUCACUUCUUCCUCGGAGACUUCUUUUCCAGCCACUUCAAGCUGGCGCACAAUAAAAGCUUUGCAUUUUUCUUGCUUGGCUGUUAUGGCGGCGUUGUACAGAAACAUGAUAUUUUGGAAGCGACGAAACAGGACCGCCCGCUGAGCACUCAGAACCCUUAUAAUGGCAGAUGAUGAACCAUGUUCUUUCUCUGCUUUCUUCAGUGUUUUUGACAAGUCGUCCAAGCACUUGCUAAUGUGUUCUGCUUGAACCUUUAUCCCUUUUGUGAUGCUGCACUCCUUUUUAAGUACGCUGAAUCUCCUCAUGGAAGCCACUAGGCUUUUUUGCUGCUGGCUGAACUUUUGGACGUCUGCUGCCAAAUUGUUAAUAUCAUUGUGAAGUUGCUGGAUUUCAUUCAGGUACCUUUCAGUUAUGGGCUCCUUUUCAAAAAUGACAGCUGUUUGUUCAAGUUCUUUUUCCUCUGCCACAACACUAGGAGAACGACUGUUUUCUUCUAUUAAUUGCAGUUCCUUUGCUCGCAAUUUAAGCUCUUGAAGGCGGUCUUUCAUCUUCUGUAGAGUUUUCUGCGGUUCUGUUCUUUUUAAAACCAGACAGUUGUGUAAACCUAAGGAUUAAAAACCACUUUAGUAAGCUGUUGUUUACCCACAGACCUAUUACAAGGAUGGCAGAAAACCUUUAACGGAGAGGGAGGGGGAGUCAGAAAAAUGCAGCAGCAACCAUAAAUAGGUUGCACAUAAAGCAAAUUUUAUUUUUCCCUUAGACAUGCUCUUUGAAAUACUUGGUCCACCUCAAGAUUCUUUGAAAUUUGCAGGAAAUACACAUAAUUGUUGAUUGUCUAAUACUGGUCCAAUAUUGUACUACAUCUUUUUAUUAUUAUUUUUUGGUGUGAUGGGCAGAAAGAAAAUUCAAGUGAUCUGCAAGGUGACAAUAUCUUGAAAAUUACAUAUGUAAACAUUUUUUUAAAAUCCUAAUCAUGAAUUGGAGACUUGCAUGAUCUUUCACUUCUUACCUUCUCUCUCCAGAGCUAACCAUGGUGCAGUCUAUAAACUUUGCAGAGCUAACUGCUUGGUGUGGUGAAACAUUGUAUGAAAGUAAACAAUAACCAUGUCGGGUUAGAAUGUACUCUUCUGUAUUUAUUAAUAAAUACAACUGUAUUUAUUAAAGGAAUGAAAUAGGUAAGAUAAUUUGUGCAAGAAAUCUGCAUGGAAAUCUGCUAAUCAUGACUACAAAGUCAGAAACAUUACUUCUGCACUUUGGAAAGAACUAAAUCUGUGACAUUAAAAACGAAAACAAAAAGCUAGUUUCUUUUUGGGCAUGGAAGCAGUCCAGUUAUUUUGUACUUCCCAAGAAGAGAUACAGCUGUUGCUUCUAAAACCUGAAAUGCUUGGUAAACUUAAACAGUCAUUACUUUAGUUUGGAGAUGGUGGAUUAUUUAUAUCAAGGAUGGGGAGCCUUUUUCAACCUGGGAGCCACAUUUUCCAGGGAAUGCAUGAGAGGCUUGGGUGGAAUGACAGGCAAAAGUAAGUGAAAUGAUGGCUUGAGACUCUUACCUUUUUGUACAUUAGGCUUUUUUGCAUCCACGCAACAAACACACACAGGAGCCUACAUACUUCACUUUAUCCAGGCAAACGAACACAAUUCAUGGAAGCAUUCUAGUCAGGCAAAAGCAACUGAGGGCAUGAAGCAGGGCUGGUAAGAAGGGGAGUGGUCUGCAAAGGUCCCAAGGGCCAGAUAGCGCAUGCUGGGGCCCAUAUUUGUCCCCUGGGCCUGAGAUUCCCCACCUCUGCCUUACAUCAUUUAAAUAUCUAUAUCCUCUUUCCACCCAAUGUUGCCCAAGGUUGCAAACAAUAAAUAAGAUAAAACAACCAUAUGAAGUAUAAAACAGCAGAUAAAACAGGCAGAUAAAAAUACAGGUCUUUUAAAAAAUAAUAAAAACCCAGCCCAUUAUAUUGGAAAUUUGGAUAUUGUAGGGAUUUUUUUCAUUACACAUCUGUAAACAGUGUCUUGAAAGAUAUACAUGCAUGCACACACCACUCCCAAUUUGAAUAACUUUUUUUUAAAAGAAAAGAGUGUCUCAGCCUGUUCAAAGGAUCAGGCAUUGCCAAAGACAUUACCAGAAUGCGAGUAGGAUUAUAUAUAAAAACUUGUUAUUCGCAAAUGCUUUAUUCUGUACUGGACUGAGGGAAGUAAUAUCAAUGUCUCUUUGCUCUUCAUUUUCUACUCUCUGAAGAUUCAAUAGCUUGUUGAUUGCUGACUAAGUAUCCAAUCCCUUGGGGGAUAUCUUCUAUUCAUGUUUUUGACAUUUGCAAAUGAACUGUUCCCAGUAGUGUGCCCUAACAUGCAGUCCCAUGGCCCUUUGAUAAAACUGUGUAUCUCACAGGAUUAUGCUCCAAAUUUCAGCUCUUGUGAUGCUUGUUUUUCAUUGAAGGGUUUUAUUUGUGGAGAGGUGGGUGAGAAAGAAGGAGAAGGUUUAUGGCCUUGGAGAGAAAGAAGCAAAAGUCUUGGUAGGCUUUCAGUUUGACUGACCUUUUGGUGCAUUGCCUUCAUGUUAAGGCUAUGCUUGCUGGUUUGGUUCACUCUAAUUUUUCUGUUGUUUACCGCAUUUCUGUAUGCUGCUGUAUAAUCUAUGGUGUCCCUUUAUUGUAACUAUAUCCUGUACCCAUAUGCUGUGGACUUAACUGUGAAAACUGGAUAAGGAUUGGGUGGCAAGAGCUGUAGGCUUUGAGCUGUACUCAGUGGAAUUUUUCAUACAUUGGUUCACUCGACAUUGCUGCCUGAAUACAAACUUCAUUUUUUUAUGAAGCAGGAGGUUUGAUACUCAAAAACCACUUACUAUGUUGCUUGGCCAGAUCACAUAGGAUAUCUGAAGUAAAUGCAUUUGCAGUUCUGGUGUCAGGACUUUGCACUCAGUUUGGCUAACACACACUGUGUAAUGAGUCUAAUGUUUCAGGACCAAUGGUAGAAUGCUUCCAUGCUGAAACAGUUUCCAGUUGUCUCAGUUGGCAAUUGUAAACAGUGGAACUUCCCUAAAGUGCUUGGCUCAGGAAUAGUUCCCAGAUCAAUUAAUGAUUUGGUUAGAAUGCAAUACAUAUUUUAAUUUAAUAAACUGGGUUUGGCAGCAGUUCUUAUCUGACGCCAUACAGACUGCCUUUAAGGAAGGUGGUGAGUAAGUAUCAGCAAUAUGGUACCUUGUUGUAAGCAUAUUAAUGAAACCAUUUGAGCAUCUGAAAAUUAUAUAGCUGGGGUUUAUAGCCUGAGAUCUGUAUUUGCUUGUCAUAUGAUUCUGUGGGAAACACCUAAUUCAUUGAUACAACUGCUGAGUAUGUCCUAUUAGUCCUUUUUCAAAUGUGUUUUUCUCCCUCCUUAAUACUGAGGUAUAAUUUUCUGUGCCUCCUUGUAUCAUUCUCCUAAAGUGCAAUCUCCAAUCCCAUUUCCUUAGAAUACCAUGAGUGUUCUGGAACUUAAUAGGCAAGCAUAUUUCAGUACCAGUUGUUGGAAACUUGCAGUCUACAAGAAAAAUAAGCUGUGUUCUGAUAAUACAUUGCAAAACGCUGUGACUUCUAGAGCAGAAAAUUUUAUUAUGACUUUCUUCAGUAAUGUUACAAAACUGCUUGGUACAAUUUAGCAUAUUCUUUUUUCUUUUUAAAUCAGUUUGGUGCAUGUAAAAAUGAACUGAUGUACUAAAUUGAGACUUCAGGGUACCAACCUGAAAAUAUCUCUUAGCACAGUCUAACACAUCCCUGGCCAACAUUAAUUUAGUAUGUCUAACCACUUAGUAAUUAAGUGGCAGAACGAUAGUCUCUAUUUUGUCACCUACGGAAAACACUAACUUGGAUUGCAUUAAACUGAAUUAAUGUAAAACUGUAAUUCUUGAAGCCUUGUUAUUACAGUUAAAAAUAAAACCUUUAAAAGUUGGCUGUUGCUCAUAUGCUUUUUAAGAGGCUCAGUACUCCAUUGCUACAUCUCUCUAGCUGUGAAACACAAGUCUACACAACAAAGAAUAGAAAAUGGCUGUAAUAGACUUUGCACUAGCCUCUUUUGCUUCCAGGAACAAUGCAAAACUCUGCUUUUAACUCAAUAUGAUUGCCCUGGUUUUAACUUAAAAAGCCUUGUGCAGUUUGGGAUCAGAGUAUCUGCCUCCGUAUGAAUUUGCCUGAGUGUUAAGAUCUUCCUCAAGACACUAUUCUGUUGGUGCUCCCAUUUCCAAAGGUGAAGUGACUAGCAGCUGGGCUAGAUUUCUUUAAAUUUUUGAUUGGUGUUAUCUAAUUCUGGGUGCACUCUUUCUGAAGGCCAUCCUUUCCUUUAGGCAUCCGGACAAACUAUUGUUUUGUGUUUUUUUAAUGACAAUUUUUAUUUUUAUUUUCUCUGUUACUUGCUGUUUUGGCAUUUUAUCAUUCUGCUGCGGUUGCUUUCUAAAAAGUAUGCAACAUUUUGAGAUGUUAGGCUAGUAUUCUUCGAAUUCAUCCCACUGGUGCAAGGACUUCUGCUGGCUCAGUAGAACUUCCUCAUCAUCUCCUCUCCUCUCAGGCCCCCCAUCUGCUCCCGAGGAUUGGGGGAACCCCUAGAACAGAUUUGCUGGCGCACAGGGUGAGGAAAGGAAAUGGAAGUUCUAUUGCACCAGCAAAAGUCCUUGUGUAGCAACUUCAUUGGCCACAACUUUAUAUUUGCUGCUUGCUUUAUCGUUCCAUUGUAGGCUGCUGGGAUAUAACAAACUUUAAUUUAAAUAUAAAAUGUUUGAAAUUGUAAAUAUAUCCUCUCCUACCACUCUAUUGCAGUACUGCGCGCAUACACACACACAGUGUGUAUAUAUAUAUAUAUAUAUAUAUAUAUAUAUAUAAUGCCUUGUGAAGAGUCUACAUUGCUUUUUCUAUGGCAGAAGUUUACAUUCUCCCUGCCUCAAUCUUCUAAAGUCUCAAAUAAGGAAUAGAAUAUCUUCAUUUUUCAAGAAUAGCAUUGCCCUUCUAUUAAAGAUUGUUGGUGUUGGACCAGGGUCAACACAUGUAUCGUUUUUACAACAGCUUUAUUAUAUAACGAAGUAUUGGAUGAGAGUUGAUUAUUCCAGAGGUGAGAACCAAAUGAUACAGGGUGGAGAUCACUAAAUGAAUACUCCCAGAGAAAGGCAGUGUGAUUCAGAAAUGAGGAGGAGGAGAAGCACUUCGUAAUAAGAAACAGCUCAUAAUGAAACCAGAGCUUCAGUUGCCAAUCGGCAGCAACAAACUUGAAAAAACCAGCACCAUAAAUGUAUGCCUUACUUGGAAAGAGCCAUAAAUAAAUUGAGUUAAUGUUCCUGGUGACUGGAGAAAUCAAUUGUAUUUGUAACUGCAACUGUACUGUUUGUUGAAUAAUGUUAUGAACAGUUUCAUAUGGGCUGUGCCAAUACUCUUGGAGGUAGGAAUUGUUCUCUGCAAGAGUUUUGAUUGUCAUUGCAAGACAGAUUCUGUGUUGCGAGUUUUGCAGGGCAGGCAUGAUUUGUUCCCUUGUUGACGCUUUCCCUGGUAAACAGGGAGUCUUGAACUGUUUCAGCUGCUUAACAAAAUGUCUACUUCUGUAUUGGUGAAAUACUCUAAGGACUUGGAUACCCUGCAGUUGAGCUAGUCAUUGAAAUCUUUACAGUGGUUAUUGCACAUUUAAUCAGGCUAAGAGAUACAAAAUCUGUUGAUAACUUAAUUUAAUGUUUCCUAUGAGUGUUUGCAGUGUUAACAUUGCAGCAUUUGUCUAGAACAGUCUUUCCCGAAUUGAAGUUUGAGGAACCCUGACAUUCUCUAGGAGAAUAACAAGAAUGGCAGAAAAAUAUUUCCGAAAGGCGGGUCCCCAAUGUAUGAAAUGCUGCAGGUGUUUUAGAGCUUCAAUCUUCAACCUUUUUAGACUUGGGAUCCAUUGUUUAGCCCCAACAAGGCUUUCCAGAGUUCACUUCUUAAUCUUUUAAUUUAUAUUUCUAUGGUGGUAAUGUUACAGACCCACUUUAGGUCAUGCUGUGACUCACCAUCUGAAGACCAGCAUUCUGGAAUAUGAAGUGACUUUGGGCAACCUGGCAGUGAAGGCUCUUGCCAGCAUGCCCUGAUUAUUAUAGAAUACUCUCUGUUUUGAGGGGAGUUGUUGACGGAUAAGUUGGUGUACAAGGCAGUUUCUGAAUGCAGAAAAUAUGAAAAGCCGCUAUCUAAAUUCAGAGUACAGAAACAGAAUAUUUUUAAAUCACUUGUAAAGCCAGACUUUAUAGGAAAUUUCUAAUGUAUCAAUGAAAGUGCCAUCUGAGGCAUUACAUUGUGCUAACCCUGCAGCUUGCAGCAGGCAAGUUUAGCUGAACUUUUUAAAAAAUCAUGUUUUAACCUUUUAUAAUAAUACCCCAGCUUUUUGAGGAUUAAGGAAAUCCUGGAGUAAAGUUUCAUUACAUCUGUUAUCUGUGAGCAUGACCUUUGACUGCAAACGUUUCCACAUACAGUACUCAUAUUUUUUUUCAUAAUUGUAAGAUGAUGUCAUUUCUGUCAAAUGUACACAUACACUCCCUUUCCCAUGAUUCCUAAAAUAAAAGUGCUGAAGUUCUCCAACUGUAAUAAAGUCCCCCGAGGCUCUUACAACCUUUUUCUGUUUCCUUGAUUCCACACCAUAUUCAAGUAGGUAUAUUAAGCAUACAAGUAAAUAAAACAAGAAUCCUUCUCGCAGUGUUUAGCUUCGUAUUCUUAACUUUACAACCACCCACCUCCCAGAAUAUUGCUUCAAGUAUAUAUUUUGCUGUGAACCUUCCUCGGUUUUAAAAUGAGGAAUUUGUGCAAAGAAUGGUUUUAUUGACUUGGAAAAUUAAAAAUGAACUCUCAUCUUUUAAGCUGUUGCUGGCAUGCUUCCAAAUGAAACGAGUUUGGGUGCAUAAAACACGUCUAGCAGAUUAGUAUUCAUGUACCUAAGUAAUAAAGCUCUACAAACAUAUCUAUUGGAAAUGUUUUCAAACUUUGCAGAGGGCAGACGUCUCCUGUAUUCUUAACACAUCUUAACAUUGGGGGCUUUUAAAUUACUCUGUGUUCUACUUUGUAUUAUUUGAUGUAAAAUAAAACCGAACUACUUACCUUUUUUAAAAAUCCUGAGUUGCCGGAAGCCUCUUUAGGAUCUGGUGCUUCAGGAUGCUUUGCAAUAUCCUUGUGAGGGUAAAUAACAGAGCAGGAGUGUGAUUUCCAUUAAAACAGUUUCUGCUUACUUAAUCCUCCUAGACCUUAAUGAUCAUUGGGAAAGUGCAUCUUAGAAAGCUGUGGAGUAUGAGAGCCUUCACUAGUUACGUUGUACAACAGAGCUAAUUGCUUACUUUACGCUUGGGGAAUCUGGUUCUGCCUGUUGGAAACCCAGCCUUGCUUUCAAGGCGGGCCAUUCUAUUCUAAUGAGGCAGCACCAGGAAGUGCCAUUGCCUGCCUUCCUCCUUACUGGACUUGCUGGUUUACAUUGCAAAUGCCUGUUGCUUAAUAUGAUUCUACUCCUAAAAAUAAAUCCCCUGAACAUCGGAUACUUGGCAUGCAAAUAAGAGGAAUUUUUAGACUAUGCAUAUCAGUGCCAGGGAUCACAGAUAAUAUAGAGGGGAGGAAAUGCUGGGGUCCUCAGAGGCCAACAAGCAUGCAUAAAGUGCUAUGGUGUGAAUGUACAGAGUGACUGAUCCCUCCCCAAUCCAUGCCAUCCUUUCACAUGAGAUGCUGUGUGUGUGAGAGAGAGAGAGAGCACGCACACAUACGCAAGAGCGAGAUAGAGCACCAGCCCUUAGGAAUAGCUAUCGUGCAGGCAUGAAACACCAUACAGAGCUUUUGGUUCUGGCCACUGAAGAUACACAAGUUUGAACUCUACUUAAAAAUAACUCUUUGAAUUUGUGCAUUCCUUUUGUUGGAACAAUUUACAACAAAACAAUAAGCUUGACAUUCACCUGCUUCAAAAAAAAUAGAAGUGUAUACUGUGUGUUUUAAGAGUAAUUAAUACAAUGUUAUGAUUUUCCUUUUCUGAUAAUUAACCAUUAUGUGCAACUUAUUCCUCUGAGGAGUAAUUAUUGUAAAUGGGCAAUAUCGGAGACUGUCACUGCCUUCUAUUGCACACAUAAAUUGAGAUUUUCUCCUGCUAUUGCUUGUUGUCUUGUAUGUUUACUAAUGUAAACAGUGCUGUUGCAUCUUCUUACUUGGUGGCUUUCUUUUUCUUAGGUUAGCAAAUAAGCAGGAUAAAGAAGGCGCCUUGGCAGAAGCAGAUGUAAUUGAGUGUUUAUCUCUCGAAAAGCUUGUCAACGAGCACAAAUGUCUCUGUCAGAUUGUAAGUGCAUUUUAAUAAGAUUAAUUGUAGGUUCAUUUUAAUAAGAUUGAUUAACUUCCUUAAACCUGAUGUGUGAGCAGAACUUUGAAACUAGAAUUGUGUAAUCCCAUUGUUCCCAUCCACUUUACAACCAGCCAUUUUCUCUUCUUCUGUACUCCUGAGCUCUGGUUGUGAUUACUGCACCAGUUUUAAUAAAAGACAGGUAGACUUGCUUCAGCGGCUUAAUAUCCAGGCUGUAAGGAAAUUAAGGCCAAACCCACCCCAGCCUUUGCCACCACUCAAAUGCUUUAGGCUACUGUUCCAUUGUAGUGUCCAUCAUUGCACUGAAUUUAACUGCUGCUCUUGAGCUUUAUUAACUUAUUUAUUUAACAAAUAUUGCUAAUAAAAGGUGGCGACAGGGUGUGGUGGGGGAUCAGUAACCUUUAGAGUAACCGAGUGAAAUAGUUUAAGCAAUGGCAAAUCUUCCCAACAUGUCUUUCACGAUAAGUUUUAUUCCAGGGUUCUGGUAUUUGUUGGAACAUUUCUAUCUGUGGAUCUGUGCAAUAUGCUGGUAUGCACUUACGCCAGACACAUGGGAGCGGGGCUAGUAAGCUCAGCCCCACAACCGUCCUCACACGCCCCUUGAAUGCGUGGUGGUGUCAUCCUUUCUCCCAUUUUAUUCUUUGACAUGGCAGAUUCACUUAAGAUGACAGCACUUUAAAUUCCAUUAACGUUAUGCCACAUGUGCACUGCUUUAGAAGAACCCUAGUAAAAAAAAAAUCUAGUGUCUAAAUCCUCAUUUAAAUUGCUCUUGUACCAAAUUGCCAAAGUGAUCAUUUUCCUCAUAUUUUUGGAAUAUAUAUGAGGGCAGCUUCUGGGAAAGCCAUUUUUGGAGUGUGUAGGCAAACCUGCACCUGCAUCUCUCUGGAUUGCAGCCUUUACAGUUCAAUACUGAGAUGAAUCAAAAUGUGUAUGAGUUCCAACUGACAAGCACCUGUAUAAUUGCCAGUGAGUUAGGAUCUCUUUGUCCACGUUGAUAGUAAUUUAACAAUAUAAUGCUGCUGAUUUUUCUCUUGCAUAUAGGAACCUUGUUCAGCGAUCAUGGGCUAUGGAAAGAAAAUUGACAAAUCUAUAAAGAAAGGUUUACUCUGGCUGUUACAUAUUAUAGCCAAAGAUUUUGAUGCCUUACAUGAACGAAUCCAGAAAGAUACCAUAGAGCAAAAAGCAGCUGAAGAACAAGAGAAAAGAGAGCGGGCAGAACGAGUGAGGAAGAUACGGGAAGAAAGGUAUGUUUGUUUUGCUUUAUAAGAAGGGACUGUAUGAAAGAACACUAUUAAGUUUUUUUUUAAAAAAAAAUUUAGUUAUUUAAAAAAUGUCAUUUGUUUAGUUUGAAGUAACAUAAUAACUUUCAUUUAUUUAUUUUGAAGUAAUGUAACAACUUGAAAUAACAUAAUAAUGUAUAUUUGCUUAAGAAUAUUUAUUUUGAAAUAAAUAUAAUAGCAACCCCAAAGGGAAAUAAAAAUACUUUACCAAGAUAUGUAAGUAGUUACAUAAAACAUUUUUUCUACUGCCUUUCAUCAUACCAUAUGUCAGUGUUGUGUACAACAUGGAACAACAUCGCAUCUCAGACAAGUGUAAUGUGCACAACCUUAUUUACUGAUGUCUUUAUGGGUGCCCUGGAGGAGAACAGUCAAUGAAUCUUCCAUGACAAUGUUAAAAUUACUAUUUAACUGAACUAGAAAAGUACAUGUGUUGGAGAUUGCUAAAUCAUCGAAUCAUAGAGUUGGAAGGGACCAAGGGUCAUCUAGUCCAUCCCCCUGCAAUGCAGGAAUUUCAGCUAAAGCAUCCAUGACAGAUGGCCAUCCAACCUCUGCUUAAAAGCCUCCAAGGAAGGAGAGUCCACUGCCUCUCGCGGGAGUCUUGUUUCACUGCCAAACAGCUCUUACUGUCAGAAAGUUUUUUCCAAAUGUUUAGUUGGAAUCUCCUUUCUUGUAAAUUGAAGCCAUUGGUUUGAGUCCUACCCUCCAGAGCUGUUAAUUGUCGCUUUCCAAGUGUAUUGGUAAUCAUGUGGUAAGGUAAAGGUAAAGGGACCCCUGACCGUUAGGUCCAGUCGUGACCGACUCUGGGGUUGCGGCACUCAACUCGCUUUAUUGUCCGAGGGAGCCGGCAUACAGCUUCCGGGUCAUGUGGCCAGCAUGACUAAGGCGCUUCUGGAGAACCAGAGCAGUGCACAGAAACGCCGUUUACCUUCCUGCCGGAGCGGUACCAAUUUAUCUACUUGCACUUUGACGUGCUUUUGAACUGCUGGGUUGGCACGAGCAGGGACUAAGCAACGGGAGCUCACUUUUGAUCAGCAAGUCCUAGGCUCAGUGCUUUAACCCACAGCGCCACCCGCGUCCCAAUCAUGUGGUAGAAGUCGUCAACUACUUUGUCAGAACCUGGAGCAUCAUUAGAGUGAGGCUGUUACAGUGAUGUCUGCUGUGGUGGUGCCUGCUGUUCCUUGCAUAAUCUUAGGGCUAGGUUCAGGUUCUUACAUGCUGUUAUUAUGAUGUGCACAGCAUUCUGGAGUAAAACAACCAUGAGUGAUUUUAUUGACAGACCACAUGAGGUUUUUGUUUACUUUUUUUAAAAAAACAAUCUGUGUUCAUAAUUCCUUAACGUGCCAAUCUUUUCCAUUGAUUUGUGUUUUAUUCAGCACAGGGUGUACUGUCCACACAUUAAAUGACCAUUCUAAAGUACAGCGCUCCAGUAUCAUUUAAUCAGUCCAGAUAAUAAAUGUAUUUAAAUGUAUUGUGCUUCUGUGCAGUUUCUAAACUUUCAAAAGCAGCAGAGAAACAUUGUGUUUACACACCGAGCAUACAGAGUCCAUGUGCUCAAGCAUCUGCCUUGCUUGCUUGCUUGCUUGCUCUAAUGACCAGGCAUGGUCAUUACAUUGAGGCUGCAACGUUAACUCUGCUUACCUUGGAAUAAGCACCAUUCAAUUUAGUGGUAGUUGCUUUUGAGUAGACAUGAUUAGGUUCGCCCUGUAAGCUAGUUUUUGGUAGAAGUUAUAGAUGAUGUAAGAUUGCACAGUAUCAAGUUAUUUCCAUGACUGCAUGCAUUUGGGAGCACUUUUUCUCAUACAGUAAAGCAUGUAGAGUAAAGAUUAGAGGCAGGCAGCUGCAGAAAAUUCUGCAUGGUUCAUCAAGAGGCGGUAAAAGGCAGAUACUUUGCACCAAUUUUUCUCACUUCAGGUCAGCAUCCUAGAAAUGGCUGCUCAGUAGUCUCGUGUUCCUAUAGUUUUCUGUUCCUAUUCUAUGAUAAAUUAGGUGAAAAUAGUACCAUGCUUCGGAGAAAGCUUUGUAGACAGAAGUCCAGACAGUGAUCUCUUUCCAAACUGAAGCUUUAUAACAGAAAAGAGAUGCUGAUAUUUUGAUCAUAGUAAUGACUUGUUUUCCAAAUCUCUCUGCUCUCCACUUUCACUUCUGUCCCCAUGAUUUCUACAGUUGCUGUCUCUAGGAUUGAAAAUAUAUAUAUUUUUAAAGCAAACAAUGGAUAUACAGUAUUACAAGUCUCUGUGGAAUUUAUGGGAGCAUUGUGUUUGCUUUUUCUGGUCAUUUUAGUAUAUGGUGUGCAGAAACAUAGAUGAGAUAAUGUAGGAAAGAUUAAAAAUCCAUGUAAUAAGUAAUUAAGUUACAGUGGAUGCAGCAUGUACAUUGAUCAUACACCAAAUCUCUUACGAAAGUUUUCAAAACUUUAACAAAAAAUCAGUAUGUUUCUUGUUGCUUGUACCUCUCAGAAAAGUGCUUUGAAAUACAGAUUUGGUUCCAGCAGAGACUUUCCACUGGAAGAAGUGCAUCUAACUGGAUCUAACUCACAAGUGUUGUAUACUGAAAACUUUAUAUGGUUGACAACCAUAAUCUCCUUUCCUAAUUCUCCCCCUUCUCCUACACAAGCCUCUUUGCCACUGUUUUUCCUCUUCUCUCUCCUCCCCACCUUUUCCCUAGCUGCCCCCAUGCCUUUAUUUUCCUUUUGGUUCCUGACUGUUGUUUGUCUGAAUUAAAUUGUCCAGAAGCACCACAUGGACUACCUCCAAGCUAGUCAAAUGAUUCCUCUUUAUGGAGUGUGCUGUAUCAGAGGUUCCCAAACACACUCAACUCCCUUCUAUCUAUCUUCCUACUCGCUGCACCUGGUAAAUAAGGCUGCCCUUGUGUGCUUUCAAAGAACAGGCAAGUCUCAAAUCAUCCAAAAUAGGUGCUGCUAACAAUACCACAACAACAAAAUUGGAGAAACCUGCCAUGAGAAUCAGGUGGUGGUCUUGUGCGCGGUAAAAUCUUUAGAAAAUAUAGGGAUAUUGAAUUUUAUCUUGUUCUGAUUUGCACUCAAUUUUUUGCCUUAAGGAUAGAACAGAAUGCAUGUUCAAAUGCAUAUUGAAAGCUGGUGGUGCUAAUAGCUAAAAGUGUGCGUGCCAUCAGCCAGGACAUUUCAGAAUUGGAUCUCAUUUCAGCCCCUGCUGGCUGGCCUCAAAAAAGCCAGUGCUCUCACCUUCACAUUCGUUCUUUGCAAUUUGAGGAAUAAUACACAUUUGUUACAAGGGGUGUUGUAAGGAUGACUGACAUAAUGUACAUGAGAUGCUUUGAACACUUAUAAUGUGCUAAGGAUCAUAACCUCAAUGGCAUUUCCUUUGGAAUCGUGUUGAUUCAAGAUCUUCUGUCUUUCUUUUUUUUAAAAAAACAACAAUAACAAAGAGAUCGGAAAGAGCGAGAAGAAGCAGAACGUGAAGGAAGAAGUGUUCCUAAUGAAGAUGACACUGAACCAGUAAGAGGCAACCCAUUCCAGCCUAUAUCAGCUGUAAUCACUGAGGUAUCGGAACAUUCGUAUGUUUUAAAAAAUGUUUUUGAUAAUCCAUAUAUUUGAGACUGAUACUGUUCAAUAAUGGAUAUGGAUUCUGAGUCAGAGUGUUGAUUAGUAGUGAUUUUUCCUGCUCAACCUUCCCCUUAAUAGAAAAAGUAUUCUAAAAAGCAACUGCCCCUACCAAUAUCAAGAAUCCUAGAUAAGUGCUGGUUUGGGUUUGAAAGGAUGGUCUAGAAGUCUUAAAAGAGGUACAUUACAGUAUACAUGUUCAAGUAAGGGAGUUUCAACAUGAUCAUCACCAUUGUUUACUUGGAAGUUAUUAACAUUGACUAGUCUGACUGUGGGAACGUAUUUUAAAUAUUCAAUGUAUAAUAUUAAAAACUGGUUUGUAUCCAGUGCUGCGUGAGCAUGGUAUUCCACUUGUGCAACUGGACUUCCUUUCUUCUCCUCUUCCCAUGUGCCUCUCCUUAAUCUGCUCCAGACGGUCCCUCAACCCAGUGGAGCAAAUUUUGAGGUUGAAUGUGGGGGUGGCGGGGGGUUUCAAGGCAGAGGAGGGGGAAGUUCUGUUGUGCAAAUGGAACUCUGCUGUACAAACUGAACAGCAGCAUUGGCUACAACUCAGUAUCUUAAAUAGUCAAGCGAAGACUGUGGUGGACAUCUCGUUUGGCAGUUCUCCAAAAAUUAAUCCCAAACUAUUUGGUAUUUCAUAUUAUAGUACUGUACAUAUACAGUCCAGUACCCCUCUUCCAUGUCUGCACAUCAGGCAGCAGCCCCUUGCAAGUAAUGCAAACAAGAGUGCCAUACUUUUUUAUAUAUAUAAGAUAUUUAUUGAAUUUUUCAAAGUGUUACCAAAUAAAAUAAAAGCAGUAGAAAAUACAAAAUAAAAAUAAUUAACAAAGUAGAAAAAGAAAAAAAAAACCCCUUCCAACCGUAUGAAUACAAAUUCAAAAAUAAGAAAAAGUGACAAAAAGAAAAAAAAAUACAAAAAUACAUCACACACAAUUAAAAAACAUUUAAAAACAAAUUCAUUAUUCUCAUAUCCUCAACUGUCAUUACCUUCUUUCUUUGACCUCCUCCUCCUCCCUUUCUUUGUAUCCUAGUUAUUAAUUAUCCCAGCAAAUCCUUUCCAUAUUUCAUAAUAUUCUGUCAUUACAUUACCCUAAACUGUUUUAAUCUUAUCUUUCUAUAAUAAAAUAAACCUUAAAGCUUAAAACUUAAAUCUUAUCCUUACCAACUUCUCAUAACCAUAAUAUUCUUUCAUAAUUCUUUAAACAUCUUUACUAAAGCCAAGUAGUUUCAUUCCAACAUUUUUCUAACAUUCAUCAAUUUUAUAAAACAGUUCUAAUGGUAGAAAAAAGAAAUACAAACAAAUCCAAUCUUCAUCCAACGUCCCUUCCUCCUGGUUCCGGGUUUUGUCAGUCCUUAUUAUCCCGUCAAUCUAGCCCAUUAACCUGGCAGCCUUAUAUCCGAGGCCCUCAAGUCUCUUCCAUGUCCCUUCCGCAGCUCUUCUUCAUAUUUGUAACUGUAUUUUCCCUUGUCUCCUGCUCGUGGUAACUCCAGCUUGGCAAUAUUUGUAACCCUUCUCGACAGAUCAGCCCAUUUUCCAUAUUCAACACUGAGUUCCAUAUGGUAUUUAAAAGCAUGUUUCAAAGACCCUCCGAAAUUAAGAGCCCCCACAAUCCCAAACAUCUCACGGCCCAUUGUCAGAUUUGAAAAGUCCAAACAUCCCAGCAUAGGGGGGUCAAUCCAGCCCCCCAUUUCCAAGCCAAACCAAACUUUUUCUUUCCAAAUCUGGCUUUUUCCAAGUUCAUUUGUCAAAUCCGAAAACUCAUAUUCCUGUUGGGCCUGUUCUGUCAGGACACACUCCUGAUUUAAUUCCUGAGUGGGCUCCACAUAUUUUCCCACUGUCUGUUCAAAAUUUCCCACUGCCUGUUCAAAAUUUCUAGUCGAAGUCGCCAUCCAAUUCACCUUUUCAUGUAAUUGUUCCAGUAGGGCAUUUGUUUUAUAGAAAGCACACAACAAAGCUUCUGAAUACAUUGUCCUGCAAGGUCGAAUGCCUGUUCCCACGAUUGUUAUCUGUAACAGCUGCCGGCUCUUUGGAGUUAGUUACAGUUACACAGUCUCCCUCUAGGGGGAAAACUUCUAUUUGUUCUUGCAACAAAAUUUCCCUUUUUGAGAUACUUUGUCAAUAUUUGUUGCUUAAAGAUGCGAAGGGAAGCAGUGGAAUCGCUAUGUUUCUCUUCUUUUAGCUAUCUGUCAAAAUGCUUGUCUCUGGUCAAUGAACUUCAAACGUCAGUCCUGACACCCCGCUCCAGGAUCAGGACGGAGGAAAGUUACUUUAAACUCACUUUAAACAGUCCGGAAAAGAUCCCCCUCCUUCUCCUGCUGUCGAAGGGGGGUUCCACAAUUUUAAAUGAUGAAAUCCAAUCCUUUAAAGGCGAUUUUCUAAGCUCUAGUUUACGUUGUCUUUGCUUUAUUCUGUCUACAGAAGAACGGAAGGCUGACUCCCUGUUUAGACCUUCCCGUUCCGUACCAAAUUAAAAUAGGUUUUUAAAAUCCAAUUCCUUUCUGCUCGCAAGUCCUUAUCUAAUGUCCAGUUGUUCAAAGUCUAAGUACUCAUGGGUGCUUAUUUUAGAGUCCAAAUUGUCCCAGGAAAAAGGCAGCACUCUCCAGCAACGGCUGUGCGGCUUCACUCCACGGAAAUAGCAAUUGACUCACAGCACCGCACCACUUCCCCCUCUUCACUUCGGAGCCCGUUAGUGGGUUCCUUAGUGAGUUGGGGGGGGCGCUAAAGGUGCCCGCCGAGUCCCAUGGUCACAGGCUUCAUCCGCCUGUGAUUUUUAAAAGGGUCCCCGCUUCGCUGUAGCGGAAAAGACCCGUUUCCCGCGGAGCUAGUCCCUCCUGUUCAGAGGGAGUCCGCCAUUGCCAAUGGCGCCACCCCGGAAGUCCAAGAGUGCCAUACUUAGGACUGUAGGCUUGGCUCCUAUCCAGGAGUGCCAUAAACUUCUGCUGCUGCACCAGGUAUUGCACUCGUUCUAUAGGAUAGCCAUCAUUGUUCUAGGAAAAAUACUAAGUAUGGGCUUGUUACAUCUAUGCAAUCUAACUUUUUAUAGAUACUUCAUUUCUAUGAGCUUCUUUGAAAAUGUAUAUGUUCCUGCUUUUCCAAGUUUGCUGAAAACAUAAAAUAUAAUUCAAAAACAAUACAAGUGUUAACAAAAGAGCUGCAUUAAAAUCAGCUUCCUUGUACUCAGACUACUCUUGAUUGUUCCUUUCCUCAUGAGCCAAAGACCUUUGGAAGCAUAUAUUAAGGUCAGAACUGCCUUCAUAAUAGCAGCACUUUUUUUUUUGUUAAACUGGUUUAGAAUAGCAUUACCAAAAAAUGUCAGCCGCUCAGCUUCCGAAAUCAAUGUAAGUGAUUAAAAGCUUAGUAUUUUCAGCAAAGAAGAAGCUAUAUUACAAAGUCUAAGUACAUUAUACACAGUGGUUUGUUUGUGGAAUCCCCCAGUAAUCUCUGUGUACAUACACGGGAACUAAACUAACACUACUGAAAAUAUUUGUAAAGCUGAACCUUUAAAUACCUGACAUUUAAAAACAAUUAAAAUGUAAAGUUGCAUAUAGCAUGCCUUUACUAAGAAUACAGAAACUAAGUAAUAUUCAGAUAUUAAGUCUUCUAUAUCUGAAGUUUCAUUUUAUAUUAUUGAUUAUCUAUGAUCUAGCAGAAAGGAUGGUGUGCUACCUAGGAGAUUAAUAAAAAAUCUAGGCUGACUGUGAACUCGCUUCAAGUAGAGGCACCCUUUCUCUCUGAAGAUAUAUUGCUGAGCUGAAUGUAAACAAUUAUAAAAAGUUUUGCUUAGCUUGUGCUACAAAUGAUUUUAAUAAUAAUAAUAUAAUAUUUUCACUGAUCCUUGUAGAGUUGUUUGUUUGUUUUUCUUUUUGCUGACUUUCCCCCUGUUCCACUGUCCACCCCAAAAUUUCAUGUCUGCACUGCUGGUUUACAAAAAUUGCAUUUUUUUCUCUGCUUUGUUAGAAUGAAAAGAAAAUUGAACAAGAAAAGAAGAGGCAGCGGGAGGAAAAUGAGAAGUCUUCCAUUGCCUUGAAACCUAAAACAGAUCAGGAGCAAAUGGACACUCAGAGCCUGAACAGCCAGCGAUCAAAUGAGAGUAGAUUGGUAGAAAACUAUAAAUCUGCACUAACACAACGUUUGGAACAUGAAGAUGAGAAUGACCAGCAAAUUUCAGAAAGUCUUGACUCUGGUGAUAAUGCCACUUUGAAUUCUGGAAUAGGUGGGUUGAGUUUCAUGCUUGUAGUAUAAACACUGACUUCACUUGCUAGCCAGCUUCUAUUGUGUUUGCCACAACUCCCCUUCUCCGUCCUCUAGCAUGCACAUAAUGGUUGGAUGAAAUGCAGGAAAUAUUUUUCACUUGCACUACAGUUUGGAGAAGUGAAGAUCCAGCAGGAUAGCUGCCUUUUCCUCCUGCUUCUGAUUAAACAGGAUUUGGGAGAAAUGUAGGGGUUCUUACCUCAUUUGCAGAAGAUAAAUGGCAUAAGAGAUUCCUGCUUCCGUACUGUAGUGUAAUUUUCAGCUCAAAGAUGAAGUGAAUGGGUUGGGGGUUUAAAAGCUGCUCUAAAUCCUUCAUCUUUGUUACCAAAGGGGGCCCUUGUUGAGUGGGUUUUUAUUUUUAAUUCCUUCGUAAGCUGGUGGGUUCCAGUUAUGAUACCAUACUGCAAAUGUUGCUCUUAAACUUAGAUUGGACUGUUUUAAUUGGAUAAUAGGUAUGCAAUAUGUUUCUGUAGUACGUUAUGAUGAAAGUUUGCCUUGUUUAUUUAAGGGCAAAGUGGUAAUAGUAUAACUUAUUAUAUGAUGACAUCCCAACAUCAUGCAAGCAGAAAGUCACUCACUCAUGCAAUGCAUCUUCCCCUUUCCCCAUACCAUCAGAUGGGCACAGUCAAAUUUCAUCUUUUACUCUGAAUGAUGAUGAUGACGACGACGAUGACAAUAAUAAUAAUAAUAAUAAUAAUAAUAAUAAUAAAAAACAAACCCAAAAUAAGUUUGCAGUUCUGUAUAUAUUUCACAGAGUGCACUUGUGCUUAUUCUGAGCAAGCAGGCAUUGGAUUGAUAGGGUCAUUCUGGUUAGAUGUUGGAACCUUUCUCAUCCUGCCUGAUGGAAAUUAGCAGGGAAAGUCAAAAGUCUUACCAUGCAAUCCUAAACACACUUGGUGGGGCAUUCUGCUUUGUGCUGUAGUCAGAGGCUCUUUAAUCAAAACUAACCUUCCCUCAACAUUGUGCCCCCCAGGUGUUGUUGGGUUAUAACUUGCAUCAGGAUGUUCCACUCUGGUCUGUGGUCAGGGAUGUUGGAAGCUGUAGAACAAAAUAUUCAGCGGGCACCAGGGUAGGGAAGGCUAGCCUGAAAAUCGUCAGGUAUUCCCAGAUUGGCUUGCCUCUUUGGAGGCUCUCCCUAAGAUGUCCCCAUUAUCUUAGGUGAGAGAAAACUGUAGAUAGCCUUCUUGAUUAGACAGCCAGCUUUUAAAUGGUUGUCCCCAGGGAGGCUUGCCCAAUGUCCAUGUGGAUGUCCUUUCAGUACCAGGUGAAAACUUUUUACUUUUUUCAGGCCUUUUAACCUCUGAUAAGGUCAUUUUUAAUGUUGCAGUUUUAUUUGCUGUUUUUAUUUGAUUGUCGUUUCAAAGGAUUACACUGUUUUUACCAUUUGGAAACUAUAAGCCAUUCUGAAAAUAGAAAGGCAGGAUACCUAUUUGUUAAACGAACAAGUAAACAUUAGAGUUGGUUAGAUGCAAAUGCUAAAUUGCAAGUGUUGCUUGUGUUUUGCUUUAGAGAACAGCAAAAAGAAAACAAAGAAACUAAAAUUGAAAAGGAGUCAUCGAGUAGAACCAGUCAAUACGGAAGAGACGGUUUCCCCGAAUCCUACACCAGUAGCACCUCUUGCACCAGGUUCGUAAGCAUGAAUAACUAAUGGUAUGUCAGUUUCAAAAAGGCCAUUUCACCUGACCUUUCAGAUAAUAGGAAAAUAGAUCUCACAUGGCUUUUUUCAUAGCAUACAGAAAUUUUAAGAAUAAACCUGCCGCUGUUGGAUUUUAUUCCAGAGUGAACAAUGCUCUUGCUAGGAGGGAUUCCCCCUACCACACCCAGCACACACUGGGAGAUAGUUGGGAGCAUCAUUUUACAACUCCUGGAAUUAAGAUGCUUGAGGAAUUGGAUCUCCAUUACCAUAAUUCUGACAAUAAUUGACCUGAUUCAAAACUCUUGGGGUUAAUGGAUUAACCACCACUUUUUCCACUUCCCAAAUGUUCUGGUGGCAGUUCUUGGUGAAAGCCAUAUCGAAAUAUUGAAUCGAAAUUGAAGGAAUAUACAAGCAUUUUGUGCCCUUAAAAAAACAAUAAUCCUAGAUUAAUGGGAAACAUGACAGAAUGAAUAAUAAGUGAACAGAUGUGAAAGUGACACAGAUUAGAAAUAGUCUGAUGACUGUGGGCAUAUAGGGAAUCUCUUUCUCUCCAUGCCCUGCUUAUAGGUUUCCCAGAAAUAUUGGCUGGUUACCGCUAGAGACAGAAAACUGGAUUAAAUGGCCCAUUACAGAUGGUACUUGUCAUUAGUAGCAACAAAAAAGGAGCACGACUGUUCUUACGUUCUUUCUCAUCCCUGGCAGCUUGUUUUAAAAUGGAAUUUUCAAUGCACUGUUUAUUUAUAUUAUGAAUUUCUCCCCAACAGCCUAGAUCUCUGCAGACAUGUUGUGUUUGGGUCCCACUGACACCUAAAGGAAAAUGUUCAGUGAGAUUGUAUAAUUUGCGUAUUUUGACUGUCUCGGUGAUAUGUUGUUUGUUUGCCUUUAAAUAUAUGCGUGUAACCUUUUCUGGGUUAUGAAUGAAUGAAUACAUUCCAUCUUCACAAAGAUGAAUGUUUGCAUCAGUAGAUUUCUGUUUGACAAUGUGGUGUUGCUCUUUGAUAUUCUUUUUCCUGUAGUUGGCUGGGAAACUCCUACUAAAGUUAACAGAAUUCGAAAACUUGAACCUCUUGGUGAAACCCGUCGUAAUGGUAAUUUCAGAGGAGAUCACAAUUUGUUGGUUUUCCUCAGAAACCUGUUCCAUUUUGCAUGCUGGCUUUUUCUUUCAUUUCAGCUAACCAUGUGCAGCUUUAAUAGCAUAUUUUUUCAAGUUUUGAAAAGAGCUCAUUCUUUGUUCUAGCUCCCCCUCCCCUGUUUAAAGCAAAGUGUGGGCUGCAUCUUGCUUAUACAGUAUUUGCUUCAUUCUGUUUGCUUCAAUACAAAUUGGUCUCUGGUGUGCCCCUGCACCAUGAUUUACAAAUAAAGCAACCAGCACCCCAUGAUAACAGAUCCCAUUGCAUAUAAUACUAAAUAUGUACUUAGGUGUAGACCAGAGGGGGGGAAAUGAAACAAAUUGCAUAUAUUGCCAGCUUUACAUAUAUCAAUGAAUUCCUAAAGCUCAGGUGAGGUGUAGGGAUAAAUCUGUUUUAAAAUAGACCUUUGUUCUAAAUCUCAUUGAUUCUACAAUAAAUGAACCGAUUCUUUUAAAAAUUCAGCUGCCAUUUUCUUCUUCUCAGAUGACUAAUGGAGGGAAAGUAUUUCAAGACCUGUGAAAUACAUCUAGAUGCUUUUGCACUAUAGCAUAUCCUCAUUGCUUAAGCAUUUCUAUUGAGCAAUAUUUCAGAAAAAUGGGGAUGCCCUUAGAUCAGUGGUAGAGCACAUGCCUUGUAUAUACAAGACCAGACCUCAUAUCUCUACUUUAAAGGAUUUCCCCUAGAAAAGGCUGCAAAUGAUUCAUGUCCUAGCAAACUGCUACAAGCCAGAAUAAGUAAUAUUAAGAUGGAUGAAGAUUCAGGUAGGUAACCGUGUUGGUCUGACACAGUAGAAAUAUAUAUAAAAAAAUUAAAAAAUUGUCCAGGAGCACCUUAGAGACCAACUAAGUUUGUUCUUGGUAUGAGCUUUCGUGUGCAUGCACACUUCAGAUACCAAGAUGGAUGAAAGCAGCUUCAUACAUUUGCAGAACUAUUAUUUUUCCAAAAAAGUAAGAAAAAGGUUAAUACUUGUAGUGGUAAGCACAAAUACUUUGCACUGUAAUGAAACAGUUACGUAAUAUGCCUUUCCACAAAUUUGUGUAACAAAAUGCAUCUUUCUUUUUAAGGAGUAUAAAGAGAAGAAAGCAAGAGAAAAGAGAGAACAACAGAGGUAGGGAGGAGAGUGAAGGGCUUGCAUUUACUGAUUUCAUUCCCUUUGCUCAAAACAAGGCAGCCCGAUUUGUGGCUGGAGCAUGAGAAUGGAAAUCAAAGAUAUAUAUAUAUAUCCUUGGACCCAAAACAGAGCGACUUUCCCUCUCUUUCUGAUGUGUAGAGCCAAAAUGGAAAAUCUUCUCAUGCAAGAAAUACUUCUGAUUGCAUUUGGUAACUCAGCUUGGUGAAUUACUGACACAAGAAUACAUAUGGUAUUCAUCACCCAUAGAUUUGAUUCCCAGAAAUACAGUUAAUAAUGUUUAUCUGUCAUUGAGUUCCUUGCAUUCUUGUCCGCAUUUCAUUAACAAAGACCCACAACUUAGAUUUGAGAUGAUAAAACAGAAUCUGGGGACAAACAGAGAGUCAUGUGCUAUGGCUUUUUUGAUGCUACUAUGGGCACUAAUGAAAUUUUAGAAUCUUCUGUUAGAAAGUGUGCAUUUGCCAGAAUUCCAAUACUUUUCAGCUUCAGGAGAAAGAACAGACUUCAUCAAUCCCCCAAAAGGUUUGGUCUACACUUCCCAUCAUCUUUAGUCAGCAUGGCCAGCCAGGGCUGAUGGGAAUAGUAAUUAAAAACAUCUGGAAGGCACAAGGUUUUGGGGAUGUUGAGACAAUUUCCCUAAAAUUCAGAUCAUUUUAAAAACUCCCCUAUGCAAAAAAAGAAAGAAAAGCCAUUGGAUUCAUGUAUAUUUUUACUAUAGAAAACUAUGUAGCAAAUAUUUAUGACAAUACUUAACAUCAUGCAACGUCAUGUAUGAAAAAAUAAUCAACGUGACAAACUGAAUCAAAACUAGGGGGCAUAAGAUGUAUAUAGCUUACCAUCUAUUUUUGGUGCCACAGAUUCAAAAAUAUCCUAAGAGCUGCUUGCAUGCACUUUUCCUGUUUGCUGUCUCACUUUCCUGCUGAGCACAUAAACCAAUAGUUUUCUUUUUCUUACUUGAUAAUUUUGCACGUAUUAAGCUUGCAUGUCUCACACAUGGAUUUUUUUAGAGUGUAAAGAUGAAUGUUUUCCUUCUCUCUUAGCUAUAUUUAUUAAUUUGGCUGUGGGGGGUGGGGUGUCUCCUUUUUCCUUUUCCAAAUCCUGUUUAUCUCCCCAAAUGACUAUUCAGAAGUGUACAAGCAAAUCUGGAGCUAGUGUGUCUGGACAACAUUACAGUUGAAGGUGUCCACUUAAAAAGCCCCUACUAACAUUUGCUGCCUCUUUGUAGCUAACUAUGUUGAUGUGGAAAACAGUGGAAGAGAGGGAGGAACCCUGCAAGUGAAUGGUCGCUUGAAAUUCUUCCUUUCCCUUUCUUUAUCGCUCCUGGUCAAUGUGGGCUUCACAUGGUUAACUAUAAAGCAGUUGGGGAAAAUAGCAGCAGCAACAGUUUGGGGUGCGCCUGUGUAUAUAAUCAAAAUUAUCACCCCAACAAUUCAGGUUAGACAAGUUUUCAAUUCCGUCCCCUUUUUUCUUCAUAUUACAUUUUGACCCUAUCCCUAUAUUUCUUUAACAUACUAUGAUUUUCCUCGCUGGAAUACAUUACCUGUAGACAAAGUAUCUGCUGGUGUGAAAUGUUUCAAGCAUUGCCAUUUUUCUUCCACAAGUCUUCAUGACAAAAUAAUGUCAUUAGGAGAAAUUGUGAAAUAUGGGUUAAAAAAAUUACGGGCAAAGGUAUACCUUUUCAGUAUUCUAUGUUUUGCCAUGCCCCCAUACUUAAUAAACCAGCAGACACUGGUGUUCCUCUUCUUCAAAAGAAUGGCUAGAUAUAUGGCAUUUUAUAUAUUAACUUGGUUUCUUUUCUGAUAUGUGUUAGAUUUCUAUGGAAAGCCGCUGCCUCCACUGACUAUACGGCAAAGACCUAACAGCGAUACCCAUGAAGUAAUUUCUUAA